UGUUUCUGUUAGACGCUGCUAGCACGAGCUCAAGCGGUUGCUCGUCGCAGGCUUCUCUGUGUACGUCCGUUGUCGCAGUUUGCUGAAGUUACACACGCACAAAAAAAAAUGAACAGCACACAAAACGGAGAGGCUUUUGAAGCCAUUACGGUGCACAAUUUCUCGGAGAGGAUUUUGGAGCAGGUCGUAAACUUCCACGUGAUGAAGUUCAGCGGAGGGUUCUUCCUGUGGGUCGGCUCGAGUCCGGUUCUGACCAACCUGGCGGUCUCGAUGAGCAGCAGACAUGAUUCGAUGCCUAUAUCUACACUAGUCAUGGGGGACCCAUCCAAUACCGCUCCAAAUUCCAUGGCACAGAGAUUAGCAAAGAAGACCAAAAAGCAAGUAUUUGUGAGUUACAGUCUUCCAAUGACGGCGUCCAACCUCAGUCUUCUGGUGGAGAGCCGGAUCAAAAAGGAGGUGGAGCUUCACCCUGAACACUUUUGAUUGUUUAUUGAACUUUUGUGUCGAACUGAGGACAUGUAGGAAGAGGGGCAACUUAAAGUAGCAGGUGCUUCUCCUUCUUCUACUUGGACUUACAUACUCCAGCGGAUACUGUAAUGCUACUUCAACACAAUAACCACACACUGUCACAUCAAGUGUUCUUUUAUUGACAUAAUAAAUUAAGUGGUUUAUUAUCAAAACAUGUAGGCCUAUGGCUUUUUGUACAAAUGCGUCGUAUUAAAAAAAUAACACUUAGAAAACGUCA